AUGGAAUAUGGUAUCCUUCAAGUACUUCUUGUUAAUGCAAAAGGAAUCAGACGAACCAAUUUGUUUGGUAACCCAUCCUAUUAUGUGUUGAUACAAUGUGGUACUGAAAUAAGGAGGAGCAAAACUACUAAAGGUUAUCGCCAUAAAGCAUUUUGGAAUCAAAAAUUUGAAUUUGAGUUCCCAUUUUCUGAGUGGAAGAAUUUAAGUCAUCUUGAAAUUAGUAUAAUGGAUGAUGAGUCUUCUAAUGACACGGGAUUUAUUGGUCGUGCUAUAAUUUAUCUUGGUGGGCUUGUUGUAGAAAUGAAUGAUAGAGAAGUGAUUGAAGUACAUCCUUGUCCAUAUAAUGUAGUGCUUGAGGACACUACCUACAAAGGACAAAUCAAGAUUGGAAUAAAUUUGCAGAGAAAAAUGCACAAAGAAAUUAGAAGACAGACUGCACAGAUUGUGGAAACAAGACAUAAUUUUUAUAGCCGUUUGUUUAGAAUUUUGAAGGUUUCAUGGUGGAGAGCACUUUUUUCAUGUAACUAA